UAGCACCACUGAAAGUCCAGGGCACUCAUUACAGGCCAGACAAGAUGGCCGGAGGAAUCUUCACCAACUUUGAUAACCUGUGUAACGUGGACUGCACUAAUGUCCACCCCCUGGUGUGUCACCUGUGCCAUGAGCAGUACCAGUCUCCGUGUUUACUGGACUGUUACCACAUCUUCUGUGCCCGCUGCCUGCGAGGCCGGACCAAUGACAGCCGUCUCAGCUGCCCCCUCUGUGGUUACCUAUCCAUACUAAAAGGGAAUAGCUUGCUGCCGCCAGAGGACCGCCUGCUGAAGUUCCUGGUCGACAACAAUGCAGACGCCGAGGAGACAGUGCAGUGCGCCAACUGUGACCAGGAGAGUAACAUAAAGGACGCAGGGGUGAUGUACUUCUGUAACACUUGCAGCCAGCCACUUUGCAGCACCUGCAGGGAGUUGACUCACAAGGCCAGGAUGUUUUCCCACCAUGAGAUUGUGUCCCUGGCCAAACGCACCCGAGCCAAACACAGGAAGUGCUCUCUCCACGAGGAGCCCUACAUCCUGUUCUCAACGGAGAAUAAGUCUAUGCUUUGCAUCAAAUGCUUCAGAGACAUGCAAGUGGAGAGUCGGACUCACUGCAUUGAUAUUGAAACAGCUUACGUGCAGGGGUGUGAGAUGUUGGACCAGGCUGUGCUGGUGGUGAAGGAGCUGCAGACUUCAGCUCGGGAGGCGAUUGUUCUGCUGAGAGCGAUGAUCGGAGAAGUGUGCCUGAAUGUGGAGGAAGAGGAGAGUGCAAUCUGUACUCUGUUCAACAGCUUGCAGGAAAAACUAGCAGAGAGGAAGAAGAUCCUGCUGAAAGCAGCUCAGAGUCAACACGAGGAGAAGGAGAAAGCACUAAAGGAGCAGCUCUCACACCUUACUGCCCUCCUUCCAACCCUCCAGGUUCACCUCGUCACCUGUUCGGCCUUCCUCAGCUCAGCCAACAAGUUUGAGUUUUUGGACAUGGGCUAUCAGCUCAUGGAGAGGCUGAAGAGGAUUGUAAAGCUCCCUCAUCGACUGAAACCAGUGCAGAGCAGCAAAAUCAACACAGACUACAGGAAUGAGUUUGCUCGCUGUCUGGAGCCCUUGCUGAUGCUGGCUCAGCGCUGCCCUCCUUCUAUUGCUGGAUCCAUAAGUGUCGCAGCAAGGCACCAGUCCCCCCUCUCCGUGUCUUGCCGCUCCCCGUCUCUCAGUGAGAUGCCCCUGGGCUCGGUGUGCGGGCGAAGGCCCACUUGUCACCGCAACAUCUGCACCAAGGUGCUCCUGGCUGAGGGGAAGGAAACACCCUUCACCGAGCACUGCCGCAACUAUGAGAACACCUACAGGACUCUUCAGACAGAAAUUCAGAAUCUGAAGGACCAGGUCCAGGAGCUGCACCGAGAUCUGACCAAGCACCACUCCAUCAUCAACACGGAUAAGAUGGGAGAGAUCCUGGACAGAUCGUUAUACAUCGACAGCCAGAUAGCCUCCCAGCACUCCACUGUGGAAACUAUGAGAGUCAUGUUUGAAGAGAUCUGGGAUGAGACUUUUCAGAGGGUCACUAAUGAGCAGGAGAUCUAUGAAGCCCAGCUUCACGACCUAAUGCAGCUGAAGCAGGAGAACUCUUACCUAACCACAAUCACCAGACAGAUCAGCCCAUACAUCCUGUCUAUUGCCAAAGUCAAAGAGAGACUCGAGCCCAGGCUUCAGGAGAACAAAGAGCACCAUGACGACCGCACAGAGACGAUGCUGAAAAUAUAUGAAGACAGCACAAUGGCUAAAGACAGUCAAGACAGUGACAACCAGACCUGUGUCACAGACCAAGACAGACACAAGAACAACCACCCGCUGAUCCUCGAGUCAGGGGACAGCUCUGUCAAGACCAAUCGUUCCAGCAGGUCGAGGGCUCCCACGGAGACAUCCAGCCACAAUGAGAUGCCUUCAUAAACACCAUGUCAUUUGAUUUCUAUCCCCCUCCCUCUCCCCUCCCCGCUCCUGUGUGCCUUAAUUCAACCAUAACAAGCCCAGGACGGUAUGUGCCUUCUUUCUGUGCUGUCCGGAUUCUGUACAUAACAUUUUCACAGCGGUGUGGAGCUGUCAACAGCUCCAAGGUGAACCAUUGGACAGACACUAACUGGAGGUACAUACUGUAUAUGGAGGUCAAAGACUGUCAGGACAUGGACAGACAAGGAUAACAACAUCAUAAAGAAUUACUUUGGUGAUAUGGGCUGCUUUAAUGAGAAGUGAAUUAUAUCUCUCUUUCCUUUCUUUUGUUGCUCUGUUUUUGCUUUGUCUGUUAAAAAGAUAAGUUUGCUGCAAGUGUGAA